CCGAGAGGCGCGCGAUGCUGGCGACGCUGGCGAGGGUUGCGGCUCUGCGGAGAACCCACCUUCUCUUCGGCCCGGGCGGCGGGAGGGGGCUGUGGACCGGCCGCCCGCAGUCAGAUACUGACAAUAUGAAGCCAUUGGAGGGUGUAAAAAUUCUGGAUCUAACAAGAGUACUGGCGGGACCUUUUGCUACUAUGAAUUUAGGAGAUCUUGGAGCAGAAGUUAUAAAAGUGGAAAGACCAGGAGCUGGUGAUGAUACACGAACUUGGGGGCCACCUUUUGUGGGGACAGAAAGUACUUAUUUUCUCAGUGUUAAUCGAAAUAAAAAAAGUAUAGCUGUUAAUAUCAAGGAUCCAAGAGGGGUGAAAAUCAUCAAAGAGCUCGCAGCUGUUUGUGAUGUGUUUGUGGAAAACUAUGUCCCUGGCAAACUGUCUGCAAUGGGCCUAGGAUAUGAAGAUAUAGACAAGAUUGCUCCUCACAUCAUCUAUUGUUCCAUCACAGGGUACGGUCAGACAGGUCCACUGUCUCAGCGAGCUGGUUAUGAUGCUGUUGCCUCUGCUGUUUCUGGUCUGAUGCACAUCACAGGGCCUGAGGAUGGAGAUCCAGUUCGUCCAGGAGUGGCCAUGACUGAUCUUGCUACUGGCCUAUAUGCAUAUGGAGCCAUUAUGGCUGGAUUGAUACAAAGAUACAAAACUGGGAAAGGACUGUUCAUUGAUUGCAACCUACUGUCAUCUCAGGUGGCCUGUCUGAGCCAGGUAGCUGCUAAUUAUCUGAUUGCCCAAAAGGAAGCAGAACGUUGGGGCACAGCUCAUGGCAGUAUUGUUCCUUACCAGGCUUUUAAAACCAAGGAUGGAUAUCUUGUAGUUGGAGCAGGAAAUAACCAACAGUUUGCUACUGUGUGCAAGAUCUUGAAUUUGCCUGAACUGAUUGAUGACUCCAAGUAUAAAACUAACCACCUUCGGGUACAGAAUAGAAAAGAGCUUAUCAAAAUACUAUCUGCACGGUUUGAAAAAGAAAUGACCAGCAAGUGGUUAUACCUCUUUGAAGGCAGUGGGGUUGCAUACGGCCCAAUCAACAACAUGAAGAAUGUAUUUGCAGAACCCCAGGUGUUACACAACGGCCUCAUUAUGGAGAUGAAGCAUCCGACCGUGGGGAAGAUCUCAGUCCCAGGCCCAGCUGUGAGAUACAGUAAGUUCGACAUGUCAGAGGCCAGGCCGCCUCCCCUGCUUGGGCAGCACACGACGCGCGUCCUGAAGGAAGUCCUCAGAUACGAUGACAAGGCCAUUGGGGAGCUGCUCAGCACUGGAGUAGUGACCCAACAUGAAGCUCAGUGACGAAAAUGCUUUCUCAAAACCGUAAUCUGAAUGUACUUCACUAGCAAAAGCAAUAGUCUUUCUGGACACUUCUCCCCAGUUCUGGUGCCUGCCUCUGAAAAGAGAGAAGUUAGAGUAAUUCCAGAUUUCCUGCCUGGCGCCUCCAGAUACCAGAAUGGCUCUGGUAUCAAUGCUUCUCGUGCUUUCUAAAUGUACCCCACCUUUUACUCCUUACUAUUUCCCCCCACCCCACCCAGAUAAUAGGUUAAUUGUGAAUUUGUGGGGUUUUUUUGUAAAGAUUUUUUUUUCUGGAAAAAUACAUUCCUCUUUCUAAUUACAUUAAUCGCCCAAACGUUUGCCCCUCCAGCCCACGCAGGUCUGAAAAAGAGCAGAUCUCUUGCCGUUCUCUACUUGCACAUAAAGUCCUCAUUUAAACCUUUGUUAGGAAGUCAAAGCAAUAAGCAGAAUGACAGUUUCAGUGAUUGAUUUUAAACAGAAUAACUUAAUUUUGAGCUCAUGAACCCUUUGUUAAUCUGUAAUUUAAACCAUGGACUUUGCUGAUGUCCAUUAUAAAACUGAGCUUCUUUCUCUCCGUGGGGGUAAAUAUUUGCUUUAUGUUGUAUUUCUCUGAUCAUUUCAUGAUAUGUGGCAGAAAAUCAAUUUCCAUGAAUGCAUUUUGGAAUGUAUGUGUCUAUCUGCAUUAGGGAGUGAAAAGUGGUUCUUUGAUCAGUACCUUAUUUUGAGCCAAGUACAAAUGUAACAGGUUUUUAAACGAAUGUCAAAUGACUAUCUAGUAUUAAAUAAUAUUUAAAUAAUGACAAAUAGGAGAAUGUAAUCUGAGCACUCACUGUAGAAGAAUACAUCAUGCCUUAAUAUUAAGUAUUUGGAUUUACAUAUUUAAGUUUUUGUCAGAGAAUUUAAAGUAUAGAAAACAUUUUCUGUCCAGAAGGUAGUAGCUGAUUUGUAUUAUGUUCUGGGAUCAGUCAUCUCUCAAAGUACCAAUCACCAAAGCCCAAGGUAUAGACCAAGGGAUCAGAUGAUCACAUCCUGAUAUGAUCACAGUUCACGACUGUUAAGCAUGCGUAUCUUAAAGCCAUGUCAUGACAUCCCAAGUGGUAACUGAAAGUUAAAUUACAAAUAUUCAUCUUUCAAACUGUGAGUCCUAGCCAGUUUUCCUUUUGUGUUCUUUUUGUAUGGGAGCCAUUUAUGCUGUAAGCCCCAGUAGGUUUCUAGAAUCAAGGAUUUCAAAUAAAUAAGGAAAUAUGUCUUCUCACAGGCGUCGUGGGACUUUUUAGAAGCAUGCCUACUAGUUCCUGGGAGAGGAGCGCCCCGUUUUCCUCUUUGUGAAUGUUUUAUUCUGAGGCUCGCCUGCCUUUCACUAUUUAGAAUGUCAUCAUACAACGGUAAUUUCAUGCCUUUUGCAGUGCUUUCCUCCCUAUGGCUAACCCGUAGACACACAUUUGGAGACAUUCCCUUCAGGCCAGAUACAAUUAGCAAUGAAAAUGGUAAAAGACGGGAUGACAGAGAAUUGGCAAGACCACAUGAUCUUGAAAAACAGAUUCAUCAUUUCUCCUGCUGGUUCAAGUAGAUUCUCUUGAAAUGCAAAUUGCUUGAUUACUGAACAGUAACCCUAACUAUCUGGGUAGCCUUGUGUAGGACGAUAUCGAUCGUUCAGACUAGGUCACAAAAUGCCUCUAAAACCUUGAAAUCCAUCGAGACUGUGGUUUUCAUCCAUAGAAGAGUUACCAUGGGAGACAAAUGUAUCCAGAUUUCCACCUACACAAUUCA